GAAGUGGACAGCCUACGCAAACAGCUGGGCAAUACUGUCAAUGUGGAGUUGAUGGCUGCUCCAGCCCUGAACCUCAGUGCCAUCAUGGAUGAAAUGAGGCAGAAAUAUGAAGUCUUGGCCCAAGAGAACCUUAAGAAGGCCAAAGAAGAGUUUGAGAUACAGACUGAAACUCUGCAGCAACAAGUCUCAGUGGACACUGCAGAAUUAAAGCAAUCGGAGGUUCAAGUAAAGGAGCUGAGACGCACCUACCAGAACUUGGAGAUAGACCUCAAGUCCCACCUCAGUAUGGUAAAGCACAUCUAA